AUUGUAACGUCGAUAUAUGAUUAAUCGAAUAGAAAAGAUCAAUUGAUAAUCUACUAAUCCAUAGUAUGGUACUUAACCUAAACUCGUGUGUAUAUUUUUAAGUGUAAAAAUUAUAAAUUACAUAUCUUAUCAUUUAUACAAAUUUUAUUUUGUUUAUAUGAAAAAUAAUCAAAUAUUGUAAAUAUUUCAAAAUUGAGAAAAUCACAAAUUCUGUAUAAUUAUUGAGUUAUAUAUUUGUAACUGCAUGUUUAAUCUAUAACGUCUACAGUUUUAAGAAAUUUUGUUAUUAUAAUGGUUGAAAUGUUAGAUUGGGAGCAUGAAGAUCCUCUCACAAAAUUAAAUACACAAUUGAAUAAAUCUAUGGUUUUAAUUGAAAAUGUAGUAAAUGAUCAUCCACAGUUAAAUAAAAGGAAUAAAACUAUUAAAAUAACAACAAAAAGUACUUCACCCAAAGGAAAUACUUCUAUGAAUGGCACACAUAGAAAAAGUAUUCUGAAGAAAUCAGAAAAUAUAAAUAAUGAAGAAAGAAAUCUUGAGGAAAAUAUAACAGAUACUAACUUAGAAGCAGAUGCUGAAAUGAAUCCUGAUACACUAACAGUAAAAUCAUCGUUGAGACCACAAAAUCUUCAAGAUUUGAUGAAAGAAGAAAUUUUAACUAUGGAGUCUACAAGUUCUAGUUUCAAUUUCGAUGAUAUAUCAGACAGUGAAGAUAUUUUUAUUAUGGAUAUACCUAAAACAAUAAAUCCACAAGAAUUAAUUGGACAGACCUUAGUAUUGGGAGAUAAAUCAAAAUUUAGAGUUGGAGAAGAAAAAUACUGUGCUAUUAAACGAGAUUUGAAACACAACAUUACUUGCGUAUUUGGCAGUGGUAAAAUAAACCCACAAUAUAAAGCAGUUAAUAUAAAACCAGCAGGCUCUAUAACAAUUAGGAGAAAAUUAUCGAGUGUACCAAAAGUUAAACCCAUAUUGUUAGAAAAUUUAGGCGUUCCAUUUCCUGAAAAUUUAAAAACGCGUCAUCCAUUGUUAGGUGUUAUUUCUGAGAAUAAAUCCAAAAAAGAAUUAAAAACGAGUGGAUCAACUAAUAAGAAGAGAAAGUCAUAAUGAUAAGAAAAUGACUACCAUAAUAUAUAUAUAUAUAUGUAUAUAUAUAUGUAUAUAUAUAUAUUUGACUUUUUAUAUAUAAUAUACAGUUAUAUACAUAAAUUGUUGAAAACGACGUAUUACCAUGUAAUUAUGAUCUAAGUAUAAUUAGUAAAGAUAUUGAAAUAAUGAUUCUCUUAAACAA